AGCUCCGCCCACAGGCCUCCUGCCACAGACUCCGGCCAAUGGUGGUUGCUAGGCAACCGGAACGCGGCCCGGCCCGCCUGGCCUCUGUCCGUACCCGCGCCUCCAUUCGGGGCUCCCCCGGGGGUGACGCCUCACCUCCACCCCGGCCCGGGCCUUCUAGGGGAAGUAGAUCCGGCUCCGCGGGUGCGGCCGGGGCGGGGCCUUCGAUGAGUCCCUCCGCCGCGUGUCCCUCCGCGGGUGGCGGUCAGAUCCCCGCAGCCGGAGACUGAGGGGAGGCGGGAGUCGGACGCGCCUGACGGACGUGAGGCGAACAGAGUCUUCCAAGUGUCUCCUGUCUCGUCCGUUGUGGGAAAAGGAGGAGAGCCAAGAGGCAUCGGUGCCCAAUUCUGAGACCUGCUGGAAGUACUAGAAAGACCCGGGAAGAGCCGUGGCUUGGCCGCCACGCAGACCGUCCCACCGGGCCUUGGAGGCCUCCUGAGCCGGCGGUGCGGCCACGAUGUCCAGCCCCUUCCUGAAGCAAGUCUUCAACAAGGACAAGACCUUCCGGCCCAAACGCAAGUUUGAGCCGGGCACUCAGCGCUUCGAGCUGCACAAGAGGGCACAGGCGUCGCUGAACGCAGGGCUGGACCUGCGGCUGGCCGUGCGGCUGCCGCCCGGCGAGGACCUCCAUGACUGGGUGGCCGUGCACGUGGUGGACUUCUUCAACCGCGUCAACCUCGUCUACGGCACCAUCAGCGACGGCUGCACCGAGCAGUCCUGCCCCGUCAUGUCGGGGGGCCCCAAGUACGAGUACCGCUGGCAGGACCAGCAGCAGUUCCGCAGGCCCACGGCGCUGCCCGCGCCCCGCUACGUGGGCCUGCUCAUGGACUGGGUGGAGGCGCAGAUCAACAACGAGGACCUCUUCCCCACCAACGUCGGCACGCCGUUCCCCAAGAACUUCCUGCAGGCCGCGCGCAAGAUCCUGUCGCGGCUGUUCCGCGUCUUCGUGCACGUGUACAUCCACCACUUCGACCGCAUUGCGCAGAUGGGCUGCGAGGCCCACGUGAAUACCUGCUACAAGCACUUCUACUACUUCGUCACUGAGUUCAGCCUCAUCGACACCAAGGAGCUGGAGCCCCUGAAAGAAAUGACCGCACAGAUGUGCCACUAAGCGCCCCGGCCGCCACCAGCCUCCCAGGCUUGCAGGAGGACGUCUGAGACGGUGGCGUCUGUCCCUGCAGCUGGGCAUGCUGGGAGUGUCCACCUCACCUGGGUCGCCAGGACAGCCUGGGCAGCGCCCUCCUCCCUGAGCCUCCGUCUCCUCCUCUGUGAAGAGGAGGCUGAACCUGGACUCUGGAUUCUUUUCUCAGAACCGGAAAACCCACUGUGUGUCGGCUACCCCCUGCUGCCUGGUGCUGCCGGCUCUUCUCAGAGCUCCUGUCCCAACCCUCACCCUGCCCACCGUGGCCUUCAGGCUUGUCAUCCGGCCUCGGCCUCCCCGGUGGGUCCCAAGAGGCAGCAGGCAGCUCUGCCCGCUGCUGCUGGCCCAGGAGGGAGGCCGGCUCCACCUCAGCCAGGGUUCUGCUUCAGCCCCGUGCAGGCCUGCGUGCCCAGGCCCCUGCCCGCACCCGGGACGCAUCCCAGGGUCGCACCACGCCUUCAGGCCUUCAGGCCUUCUCCAGGUCUUUUUGGAAGGGGGCUCAGAGAUUGAACCCAGGGGUGCUUAACCACUGAGCCGCAUCCCCAGCCCUUUGUUUUGUUCUGAGACAGCAUCUCGCUGUUUCCCAGGCUAGCCUUGAACUUGCCAUUCUCCUGCCUCAGCCUCCUGAGUCACUGAGGUGACCGGCAUGGCCACCACCCAGCUCGGGAGGUUCUUAAAAGUGUUUUUCUAACUAGUAAAUAGUGACCCCUAGGAUGUCGCUUCUGCGGCCACCAGCCCAGGAAUGGCCCCUCCUGGGUGUCUCCACCACCAUCUCUGCCCUUGUGGAGGAUGUGGCCUUUCUUCAGGUGCCUGAGAACUUUCUAGAGAAACCCUCUGUGCUGCCCCCAUAGGGCUACAGGACCAAAGCCAAGGGCACCCUGUUUGGAGGGUGUGAUGGGGGCAUGACCAAAGGAAGCCUCACCUGACCCCGGCCCCGCCCCCGGCCACACUCUCCCUGGCCCUUCCCUCCCGCCCCCAGCCCCACUCCCGGCCACGCUCUCCCUGGCCCUUCCCUCCCGGCC